CUAAACCAUAAGUUUCCAAUAUUUUCUCCCCUUAAACUUCUCAUAAUCUUCUUUAAAUACUUGUUGGGUCAUUUCUCAUUUCUCAUAUCAACUUUCAGUUAAUGUUUAAAGAAAAUUAUGCAAGCUGUGAACAUUGUUUUUCUGAUCUUCGGGGUUGUUAUUGCAACCCAUAUUCAUGAUGUAGUAGCGCAAGGUGUUUUUAACGUUUUAGAUUCAGGUGCAAAAGGUGAUGGCGCAGCUGACGACACACAAGCAUUCAUCAAAGCAUGGGAUGCCACAUGCAAGGAACCCACCGGGAUACCAAAAAUGGUUAUUCCAAAAGGAAAGAGUUUCUUGGUUAUGCCAACCACAUUUCCUGGCCCAUGCAAAGCCAAAAACAUCUCCGUUGAGCUCGCGGGAACAAUUCUAGCACCUGAGUCUCCCAAGGCGUGGGCUGGAAAGGAUUCAGGGGGAUGGCUCAUAUUCGCCAACAUUGCUGGCCUUAAAGUAUAUGGAGGUGGUGUAAUCGAUGGACGCGGAAAAGCUUGGUGGGAACAGUCAUGCCAUAACCCUAAGUCAUUGAAUCAUGCGGGAUGCAGCAAGCGUCAACCAACCGCUAUCCACUUCAUUAAAACAGAUGGUGGCCAAUUCAGAGACAUUACGGUCCAAAAUGGUCAAAUGUUUCAUGUAGCUCUUAUGGGUCUGGAUGGUUUCGAGGCAUACAAUAUCAAGAUUAACGCUCCUAUAGAAGCUCCCAACACUGACGGAAUUCACACCAUGAAUGUUAAAAAUGUAGUUAUUGCUGACAGCCAAUUUAGGAGUGGUGAUGACUGUGUGUCAAUUGGAGAAGGAAGUUCAUUUGUUUACGUCCGCAACUGUCACUGUGGACCUGGACACGGAGUAAGUAUUGGAAGCUUAGGUUCAGGAGGAACGAAUGUAGCAGUGGAAGAGAUUCAUGUUGAAAAGAUUCAAUUUGUUGGCACCAUGUUUGGUUGCAGAAUCAAGACUUAUCCGGGCGGGAAAGGGUAUUGCCGAAAAGUGACAUAUAAGAAUUCCAAUUUUACCAAUGUAUUGAAUCCAAUCUUCAUCGAUCAGUAUUACUUCACCCCAGAAACCGUAAACGAGGGAAGCGCUGUUAAGAUUAGUGACGUAACGUUCGAAGGUUUGACAGGAACAGCUGACACACUUGUACCGUCUGCUAUCACAAUGAAAUGUAGUAAGAUGUUGGGUUGUGACGGUAUUAAAUUCAAUAAAAUCAACAUAACGCCUGUGAAGCCUGGAGUGAAACUUGUCUCAACUGUUAAAAAUGCUCGUGGAGCUAUACUAGGACCCGUUGAACCUGCCUUGCCGGAUUUGGUUAAAUCUGCUUGAUGUACCAAUAUGUUGCAUCAUUUUAUAUCAAGCAAUUGGCUAAAAUCCCAGCCUGAUCAACUACGAUGAUAAUUCCGAUCUGAUUAUUUUUCUUUAAGCAUUUUAUGCUCAUAAUAAAAUUUUGUAACUCGUUUUACUACAGUUGAGGCCCAAGGGUGCAAUUUUGCAAUAUUAUUCAUGUAAAGAUGUUUCCCGUUGGUGGUCUUGAAUACUUGUACUUUUGAAUUGGCAUUUGCUUUAUGUUAUUUUCGUUGUUGCUUCGAUCUACGUUUAUAAUUUCUUUGUGAA